AUGUCUCUCCGCUGGGUCCCCGCCGGCCGCCACCUGCAGCAGCAGGCCAUCCUGCUCGAGCAGCGGCGGCGUCGCCAGCUCUCCACCGUCGUCGACCUCGCGCACCUCUCUUCCCCCGCCGCCGCUGCCGUCGACAUCGACCGCCUCCUCUCCUCCUCCAAGGAGGAGCUCCUCAAGUCCUACCGCGUCACUCCUCCCGUCCAUCCCUGGCCCAACCGCCUCCACCCGCAGCGGCUCGUCGCCAUGAUCCGCCGCCAGCAGGACCUUGAUCUCGCCGUCCGCAUCUUCCACCACGCCGGCGACUUCCACCCCGGCUUCUCCCACACCUACCGCACCUACCAUGCCCUCAUCGACAAGCUCUCCCGCGCCAGAUCCUUCCCCCAACUCGAACUCCUCCUCUCCCACCUCCGCCAUCGCUGCCGCCGAUCUUCUUCUUCUUCCUCCUUCCGGUGCGGGGAGGAGGCGUUCAUCGGGGUGAUCCGGAGCUACGGCCUGGCCGGGAAGCCGAGCGCCGCCCUGAGGACCUUCCUCUCCAUCCGCAGCGACUUCGGCGUCAAUGCCUCCGUGCGGUCCUUCAACGCGCUCCUCAACGCCAUGAUCCAGAACCGCCGCUACGAUCUCGUCGGCGUGCUCUUCCGGAACUGCUCCAGAAAGUUCGGCAUCGCCCCCAACGUCUUCACCUGCAACAUCCUCGUCAAGGCACUCUGCAAGAUGGGGAAUCUGGACGGCGCUCUCAAGGUACUCGAGGAAAUGCCUCUAUGGGGGAUGAUCCCCAAUCUGGUGACCUUCACCACGCUGGUGGGUGGCUUCUGCGGGAGAGGGGACCUCGAAGGAGCGAGGAGGAUCUUCUCCGAGAUGGUGGACAGAGGGAUCUCCCCCGACGCCACCGCCUUCACCGUUCUCAUGGAAGGGUACUGCGCGGAGAACAGGAUCAUGGAGGCGGUGAGGAUCAUGGACGAGAUGGCGGAGAACGGCGUCACCGCUGGCGAGGUGACCUACUCCCUCAUCAUCUCCGCUCUGUGCAACUCCGGCAAGCCGGUGGAAGCUCUGAAUCUCCUCCACGACAUGCUCGACGGCGGCCACCUCCCCGGGGCGCCGCUCUGCUGCAAGUUGUUCGACGAUUUGUGCCAUCAGGGGAAGGUGGAGGACGCCUACGGCGCUUGGAAGAAGCUGUUGAAGAAGAACUUCGCCCCCGAUGGCACCAUCGCCAGCACGCUCAUCCACUGGCUCUGCAAGAAGGGUAAGCUCUGGGAGGCAGAGGAGCUACUGCAGCUGGUAGAGGGCGGCGCCCCUGCGAGCCUUCUGCCCUACAACACCAUCAUCGCCGGAAUGUGCGAGCUGGGGGAGUUGCAGGAAGCCGGGAGGCUGUGGGACCGCAUGGAAGGGAAGGGCUGCUUCCCAAAUGCCUUCAGCUAUGGCGUCCUCAUCGGGGGAUUCUGCAGGGCGGGGAAGGCCAGGGAGGCUGUUGCAGUGCUGAGGGAAAUGGUAGAGAGGGGCCUGGUGCCGGAUGGUGCUACCUGCUCGGCUAUAGUUGAUGGGCUUGAUGAUGCAGCCGACAGAGAUGAAGUCACCCAAGUCCUUGGCCAAGGCCGGCAGAGCACUGCCGCCACCAGUGCUGCUUCUUCUUGA